CAUACAUGUAGCUCAUCAACAAUCAUCGUUGCCUAGCCUCCAGCUCCAAGCUCGCGCUGCCGCUGCUCGUCCGAUCUCCAGCAGCCCCGCUAGCUCGGGGUCGCCUAGCUGGCCGGUGCCGCUAACUCUACGUGUACGACGUACAUCAACACUCAUAUGCUAGCUAACGUAACCCAGGGAGUUUGCAAGAGCCGCGGCUACCAUUUGUCUUUAACUAGAAAAGUAUGUGGCUUUGGAUACAAAUCGGCAGUUGAACCGUUUGUACCGUAUAGGUCUAGGCCUAGCCCUAUCUACUGGUUAGUGGAUGAGUGGGAUUUAAUUAGCAGCAAAUUCCUCGGGAGAUUUACACACUAAUGCUGAGAUCUCUUUCGUGAAAUUACCACUUGGACGAUGCCGGCAAAGAAAAAGGGGAAAGGAAAGAAGAAAGGUGGGAAGAAAAAACCGAAGCUUACCAAAGAGGAGAGAAUCCAGCUGAAACUGAACAAAGCAUGUGCCUUGAUAACGGACCAGAAGGAUGUCUACCAGAACUUCCUGGAUCGGAUGGAGCGAUGGCUUGCCUCCAAUAACCUCAAGGCUAAAGAACUCUAUCAGAGGUUUGACAAAAACGGAGAUGGUGUCCUCUCUUAUGAUGAAUUCAAAGCAGGUAUGCUGGAUUUGGAUGCUCCUUGCAAUGCUAUCGAGCUUGAAGUUUUGGCAAGGAGACUGGACAAAGACUCCAACAGCACCAUUGACUACAGGGAAUUCUCCAAAGGUCUGUUCGCAAGUGAGAGUGAGCUGAGCAUGGAGGAGCCUCCGAGUCUGGUGACCAGGCAAGCCUUGUGUCAUCCUGGUUGUAGCCUCGGCCACUGGAGAGACCACAUAGAGAGACAUCCUAGAUAUGUGCGUGUGCAUUUCCGUUCCAUUACCUUCGAUCACCUGAAGUUGUAUCCUGGUCACUUCAGCGAGGUGGUCCUGUCCCACUCCACAAUCCUCUCCCUUUGUGGUAUCAUCAAGGAGGAGCUUUCGCUCACCACCACCACUCUCCUCAUCUAUCAUGACAAGACCAAGGAUGCACUGGCCCUUGAUCCAGCCAGGACCCUGGAAGACUACGGCAUCAAGGGCAACACCAGGGAGGAUCCACAAGAGGUUGUUCUUUUCUACAACUACACAACAGAAUUUCAUGAUUGUUCACUGCUUUCAGCAGAUUAUUACUUUAUCAAGUGAUUUGCAUCUGUUUUCUCAAGAAAAUAUAACAUGUGCCCUAGAGAAGCUGUGAUCAAUUGGUCAUCAUCAUACAGAUUAACAGGCAGUAAACUAUAGAUGAUUCCCAUCAUUUUGGCAAUCUCUUGUCGUACAGUUCUACAGUCAUGCAAGUAAUAUGAGAAUGUAAAAUCUUGUGCAUCUGUGUGAUAAAUUGUAAAAGGAAACUCUUUCAAACAAUGAACAGCGUUAGAAUAUUCCAAAUAUUUCCGUCCAUAUUUGAUAGACAAAAUUACUAUUUUUUUGUAUAUAUCUAAAAAAGUGUAUAUAUUUUUAUAUGAAGCAUAUUCUUAUAAAUGAUUUCAAUCAGGCAUAUUGUGUGAGUUUUGUAGGAUGAUUGUUGAUGGAAGUUUGAAACUAUAUUGUAGUUAAUGCUAAAUAUAUUACUCAUUUCGGAUAUAGUAUAGAAAAUAAUAUCACUAGUGACAUUCGUUUGUCUCGCAAUGCUUGCUUACAACAUAUUUUAUCACCUGACAAAGUGUAGCAGCAGCACACAAAACGUCGUGAUCAUUUAGAUCCCUUGUUGACCAUACAUUGCAAGACAAACGAAUGUCACUAGCAAUAUUAUUUUCUAUAUAUUGUAGU